UAGGGUGGCGUAUUAGUUGACAGACGAGCUUUGCCGCGCCCUAUCGGUAUCGCGGUACCGGGCUUCAGAGUGGGGGAAGAAUAGACGGUUAGUUUGCAGAAUGGCUGAGGUUGAAAAUAAAGUUAAUGGCGUCAUUGGGGAAGAAGAGGAACCUGUUGAGAGAUUUGAUCCAGAUGAUCCAGAGUGUCAGAGGCAGAUGUGGCGUCCCCCAGAUAUUGAACAAGAUAUGAAGGAAAUGGAUCGUCGUAAAAGAGUUGAUAUGAUUAUGAAUAGUCAAGUUUUUCGAGAGGAAUUAGAAAGAAUUAUAGAAUCCCAAAUCAAUGAAGGUUAUCUCCCUGCUGGGCUUACAGCAUUACAGCAAGUGACAGAGAUCCUUUUACCACAUACAGCUCGCAGUUCAACUGCAUUUCGUUCAGGUCACUGUGUCAUUCCAAUUAAUGAUAUUAGAGGAGUUGAUGGUCUUCGCUAUACAAAAGGAGAAAAACUAUUACGUUGUAAAUUAGCAGCAGUAUAUAGGCUUAUAGAUUUGUAUGGAUGGUCAGAAAAUAUAUACAAUCAUAUAACAGUUCGUGUGAGUCAGGAUCAAGAACAUUUUCUUCUAAAUCCAUUUGGACUUCAAUAUCAUGAAAUAACUGCAUCAUCUUUAUUAAAAGUUGAUAUACAAGGAAAUGUUGUAGAUCCAGGCACCACACAUUUUUCAUUUAAUCGAGCUGGAUACAUAUUGCAUUCUUCCAUCCAUUCUGCACGUCCAGAUGUUAAAUGUGUUAUUCACAUACAUUAUCCUCCUUGUGUGGCUGUUUCAUCUUCAAAAUGUGGUUUGUUAUAUAUUAGCCAAGAAGCUGCCAUUAUAGGUAAUGUCAGUUACCAUGAUUACAAUGGAAUAUUAUUAAAUAUUGAAGAGAAAGAAAAAAUUGCUCGUGAUCUUGGCCCAGUUAACAAGGUUUUAUUUUUGAAAAACCACGGUGUUGUUGUCUGUGGAAGUAAUAUAGAAGAAGCUAUGUUUUUAAUCUCUAAUGUUGUUGCUGCUUGUGAAGCACAGGUAAGAGUAAUGCCAAUUGGUCUAGAUAAUAUUCAGAUUAUGUCAAAUGAAGCAAGAAACAAAGUUUAUGAAUCAGUAUGGGUGCAACAGAAUUUGCAAGGUAAAGAGGAUGAAAAAGAUGAAAAAGAAAAAUCAAAAAAAUUAAAAGUUUGGGAUUUAGAAUUUGAAGCUCAAAUGAGAAUGUUAGACAAUGUUGGUUUUAGAACAGGAUACAUUUAUCGACAACCACUUAUCAGAUCAGAACUUCCUCGCCAGAAGAAUGAUGUUGAAGUUCCUCCAGCUGCUAGUUCUGCAACUCAAUUUUUUGAAGAUGACAAAUGGCUUGGGCCAUUGAAGAAAUUAAUUGAUGGUAAAAAGACACAUGAGAAAAUGCGAUGGGUUAAUUCACCAAAUGUUUAUCAAAAAGUAGAAGUUUUGGAGACAGGAACUCCAGAUCCUAAGAAAAUUACCAAAUGGGUGCAAGAAGGUUCUCCAUCUCACAGUACGCCAGUUAAAAUUAACAGUACACAUCAGUUCAUUCCAAAGAGUACUGAUCCAAAAGAAUUUAAGAAAAAGCAAAAAGAGAUAAAAGAAAAUAGAAUGGCUGCUAAAAUAACAGCAGGUCCACAAUCACAAAUUUUAGAUGGUGUUACCUGGGAAGAAAUCCGUAAAAUGCAGGAUGCCACUAUAAGUAGCACUGGAGAUCAAGUUGUACUUGUUGGAGCAGCAUCUAAAGGAAUCAUUCAAAGGGAUUUUCAGCACAAUGCUAUGGUAUACAAAAGUGCUUACAGCAAAAAUCCAUUUGAUAAUAUCACUGAUCAAGAGUUAGAAGAAUAUAAAAAAAUAGUUGAAAGAAAACAGAGAGGAGAAAUAGUGGAGGAUGAAAUUCCUGAUGAGAUUAAACCUUUAUUAAUGGAACCUGUGGCGGUACCAGAACAAGUAGUUAGCAGUUCUUUAGAAGAAUCUAAAUCACCACCUAUGUCACCAACUUCACCAUAUUCUGAUGAAGAAGGACUUAAAGCAGGCGGUCCUGUGCACAGAUCUCUCUCUGCUCGGCUAGCUGCUGAAGCUGCCGAAGAAGAACGUGAGAAAUAUUUUCAGCGUAGAGCACAAUCUGAACGAAAACCAAAACGUGCCAGUGAUACUGCUGUGAAUGGAGGAGAAGAUAAAUUGAAAUCUGUUGAUAGUGGUGAUGUUUCUGGUGCUUCCCGAAGUAGUAAAGAAGUUAGUAUUAGAGCUUUUUUUAAAAAACAAUUUAUUUUUUAUGUCAUUUUAUGUUUGUUUAUUUUACAGUGGGUGCAAGAAGGUUCUCCAUCUCACAGUACGCCAGUUAAAAUUAACAGUACACAUCAGUUCAUUCCAAAGAGUACUGAUCCAAAAGAAUUUAAGAAAAAGCAAAAAGAGAUAAAAGAAAAUAGAAUGGCUGCUAAAAUAACAGCAGGUCCACAAUCACAAAUUUUAGAUGGUGUUACCUGGGAAGAAAUCCGUAAAAUGCAGGAUGCCACUAUAAGUAGCACUGGAGAUCAAGUUGUACUUGUUGGAGCAGCAUCUAAAGGAAUCAUUCAAAGGGAUUUUCAGCACAAUGCUAUGGUAUACAAAAGUGCUUACAGCAAAAAUCCAUUUGAUAAUAUCACUGAUCAAGAGUUAGAAGAAUAUAAAAAAAUAGUUGAAAGAAAACAGAGAGGAGAAAUAGUGGAGGAUGAAAUUCCUGAUGAGAUUAAACCUUUAUUAAUGGAACCUGUAGCGGUACCAGAACAAGUAGUUAGCAGUUCUUUAGAAGAAUCUAAAUCACCACCUAUGUCACCAACUUCACCAUAUUCUGAUGAAGAAGGACUUAAAGCAGGCGGUCCUGUGCACAGAUCUCUCUCUGCUCGGCUAGCUGCUGAAGCUGCCGAAGAAGAACGUGAGAAAUAUUUUCAGCGUAGAGCACAAUCUGAACGAAAACCAAAACGUGCCAGUGAUACUGCUGUGAAUGGAGGAGAAGAUAAAUUGAAAUCUGUUGAUAGUGGUGAUGUUUCUGGUGCUUCCCGAAGUAGUAAAGAAAGUUCACCAGUUAAAGAAAUUGGUGAAGAAUCACCCAAAAAAGAUAAGAAGAAGAAGAAAGGUUUGAGAACUCCAUCUUUUCUGAAGAAGAAGAAACAUAAGAAAGAGAAGGAAGAAAAAGAAAAGGCUGCUUCUGAAGUCUAGUUUAAUCGGUAAUACCACAUGCAACAAACUGCCAAUGUUUUCCAUGCUUGCAUAAAUUGGCAUCAAUAGUGGUCAUGUUGUUAACAUGAAAGUGAUGUCUUUUAAUUUCAUUCGGUGCAUCACAAGGAUUGAAACCCAAGUGCUCUUGCUUUGCCAUAGAUAUCCACAAAUUCCAGAUCACUCAAUGUUAAUAAUGAUGACAAUAAUAGCAACGUUUACAAACAUUUUGGAAUCAUUUAGCUUUUAGCAUUCUUUCUUAGUAUAUAUUGAGAAUUUAUAUCUAUUACAGGAUGGAACAAACUUCUGUGUAUAUGACUAUUUGUCUGCCAAAGGAGAUAGCAAAAAAUAUAUAUAUGCGAUUCUUUUUCCAGAAGUUUUUUCCAUUCUGCAAAAGAGAAUAUUAGAAGUAUGGGGAUAAGGUUGUUUCUUGUUUAUUUCAGAUCAUAUCUAUCUGGUUUUUCUUUUUGAAACUUUUUUAUACAACAUAAUGAAUGUAUAUUGGGUUUUUAAAAGUCUUUUUUUUUUUUAUUUCUAGGAUUGUAAAAUGUUAGCCGUGUUUUUAGUAUAGUUAAUACAUGUUAAUUUCUGUUGUUGUUUUUAUAAAAAGAACCAAUAUAUAUUCAAAGGUCAAGUCAUCCCCAUUUUUGAUGACCAUGUAUAGAAAAAAGGUCUUCCUGGCAGCUGCAGCCAAAAUAUAUCUGGAAGUGUAUGAUUAAAGUAAUAUGAAUGUAAAAGAUUCAAACUUCAUAUCAAGGAAUCCUAUAAACUUAAAACUUUAAGCACAGAAUAUUUUGGUUUGAUAUUAAAAAAAAAUAUAGCUUUACUGGUUGUUACUGUUUAGUAAAAGAUUUGGUAAGAGACAUGGUACUCUGCGGGAUUUUCUAAUUAGAAAGCAAAUCGAGUAUUAAUAUCAUUCCAUUUGUUACUAUUUUUAAUUAUAAAUUUCAUAAAAAGAAUGAACAAUUUCUCUUUUAAAAACUUUUUAGAUAUUUCUAAGCCUAUUUUUUUCAUAGGCACAUAUAUUGGUUCUUACAAAUUUACAAAUUUUAUGCUCUCCUUUUAUUUAUUGACACUAUUGAUGCUGUAAUGGAUUUCUAUUCAAAAUUUGUAUUGAAUUUAGUUUAAUUAGUAUCAUUGUCAUUUUUCCAAAGCUAUUCAACUAAGUAUUUUAGCAUUUAUACUUCAUAAGUAGCAAUAUUUCUCUUCUACAAAGUUUCUGAAAGUCUUUUCUUCUUGUCAGGUACAAAAUUAAAUAUAUAUAUAAUAUUUAGGUUAUUAUAAAUCUAUUAACAUGUAAAAUAAGGUUAUCAGAAUAAAAUCCUCUACAUUUUGUACAGUGUUAUAACUUUACUGUAAACAAGUAAUCUUGUAAAAGUGUACAUGUGAAUUAUUUGUAUUUUCUUCAUUCUUAUUGUUUUUUAACUGGAGAAAUUGAAAGUUAUAUCUAUUCCUGUAGAGUUCCAUGUAUUAACACCUUAUGUAUACAUGGCAUGUUGCAUUUUGUGUGUGUUCUGAAAUAAGAAUCAGAAACUAUGAUAUAUAUAUAUAUAUAUAUAGAUAUAUAUUUACAGAUAAUCUAAAAUCAGUAAAGCUUGGUGCAGACUGCAAUUUCUCCUCAUGAUUUGUUUGGGCCAAUUCAGUGCAAAUGUUUUGUCUGCAGCCAAAUGUUAUUAAAAGAAAAAUUUAUAUGAAAGUUACUUAGUACUGUGUUCCAUGGCUUUUUUUUUAAUUGCAUGAUUUUAGACAAUAUUAUUAUGUGAAUAAGACGAUCCGGAAAUACUGUUAUAUGUAUGUGAAUAUUAAAUACGCAUAAAUUUAUAAUUAGAAA